AUGAGCGCGUUUGCGCAGCAGCGCUUGGACCUUGCGCUGCGCCAUGGAGCGGGCGUAUUUACCAUCAGCAAGGGUCUGCUUUACGCAUACCCCGUGAAUGAACACGUCCUGCUCUUGGCCGUGCUCGGGGACAACCCGGUGGAGCUGCGCUUUCAUGGGGAGCUAAGCAUCGGAGCCCUUGCUGGCUUGGUAGAAGUCGAUUGUUUCCCCUUGCCCCUAUCUCUCAAAAACCCUAAAACUGCAACGCUGCAAAGCUGUUUCCGCGAAGCCAGCCAUCUCUGGUCUCCAGAGUCAUGGCAAGUCGGCAUCGAGGCCUCCGCACUACCCAGCGCCCACCCCCGUACCGUGCGUCUCAACGCGCGUGCUUCCCAGGAUGAGCCGUCCAGCCCCAAAGCGGAAGAGCCAAAGGUGUUGUUUAACGAGCAAGCGCGCCAUACACCCCGGUUGUCGUGCAUCCCCCACAGCGGCGAGCUUCAGCAUGCUCACCGGUGCCUUGCAGCCACGCUUUUUCAAGAUGCCCCAGCCCAGCGUGGAUGCUGCUUAGCAUUUGUCGCGUCCGCGCCCUCAGCCUUUGCCAAGGCCUUGAAUGGUAGUUCAGACGAUCCCUUCCGCGAUUUUCAUGCUCGAAGCAGUCAACCCCACACUCCAACAGCAUCCUCCACGCCUAGUCGUCGAACCUCAGGCGACACUACCCCUCGGCCACCCCCCUCCUCCGCAAACCCGAUUGUGUCAUUUGUUCCGGCCCAGGAGGUACUCGAUCGACUGCGGCUCUUACUUCCGGCCGGAAUGGCGUUGGCCCCAGCCGAGCAGCCGGGCCUUUGCCUCCCAGAUGCCACAGCGGCUCUGCUCGAGAGCCCAGACUUGUCUGUGGUAAAUGCACCAUCGACUUUGGUUAUGGGUGCAAAAGGUGUGGGCAAGUCCACCCUCUGUCAGCUUCUGAUAAACCGGCAUUUUGAAUCAGGCACCCAGCGUGUCGCAGUGCUCGAUCUAGACUUGGGCCAAAGCUUGUACGCGCUUCCAGGCUCGGUGGCACUACAGAUUGAGAGCGCUGCCAGCUGGCGCGAUCCCGUAACCCGGCUUGGCCUUGCAAGUGACAACCUCAUUUGCUUCUGGGUCGGCUAUGCGAGCCCUAAAUUGUGCCCUGACGUCUACUAUAGUGCGGUGCGCCGAGCUUACGAGGCCUACAAACUUGCUCAUCGCCGUGGUUGCUUCCUGUAUUCACCUGACUGGCUGACGUUGCUCUGUUGCUCUGUGCCCUCUGUCGUUGGGGGAUCGAAGCUUGUGAGUGCCUUGACGGGUGCGCUUGUUGCACUUGUGGAUGAUCCAGACCUGCGGAUGGAGACAAGAGCCAGGCGCAGGUGGGAGGACCAUGCGUUUUCGGAGCGGGACGAUGACCGACAUGAGGAACAUGCGGUAGCUCGUGCGCAUCGGAUGACCGAUCAGAGCAUCGCAAACCUUGGACUCGAAGUUCGAUCUAUAUCUACUGCACCUCGCAUCCUGGGGCUUGGAUGCAUCCACUCGGUGGAGGCAGAGAAAGGCUAUCUUGUGUUGAUAACGCCACUCUCGGACCAUGCCGUGCGAAACUGCCAUGCGCUCUUACCAAGCCACCUUGAGCUUCCUCCCAAGCUGCUAAAGCACCAGUGGCUCAAUCGCGACCAGCGUCGCUUGUUGACGGGAACGGUGGCAGGACACAAUCAGCUGGUGGCUGGCCAUGGGCUGCGCUCUACUCGAAUCAGCGUGGGGCGCUUUCGACCCAACACAAGUUGA